AUGUCGAACUUUACUAGUCUUGAAUUCGAAGUUCUUGAUAUCACUGGAAACAAAUAUUUGGCUUGGGCAUUAGAUGCCGAGUUUUCCCUUAGUGCAAAGGGACUUGAAGGUACAAUCCGAGAAGGAAAUCAAGCCCAAAAUCAAGAUAAAGCGAAGGCUAUGAUAUUCCUUCGUCAUCACCUCCAUGGAGAUCUCAAAAAUGAGUAUUUGACGGUGAAAGAUCCACAAGUCCUUUGGAACGACUUAAAGGAAAGGUAUGAUCACCAGAAAACUGUGAUUUUACCUAAAGCUCGUUAUGAAUGGGCACAUCUGAGAUUACAAGACUUUAAGUCUGUAAGUGAUUACAACUCAGCCUUGUUCAAAAUUACUUCCAAGUUGGAGUUAUGUGGGGAGAAAAUCACGGAAGCUGAAAGUUAG